AUGUUUAAUGUUAAAGAUAAAAAACAUAAUGUCAAUAUAAAUAUUAAAAUACUACAUCCUAUAACAAAUGAGGUUAAUAUGAAAGGUAUAUCUGUUAAUGAGAACUCAAAUAUUCUAUCAUCAAAUGACGAUAAUCUAUAUUUAGCGAAAUUGAAUGCUAAAUUGCCCCAGCCGCACCUUAUUGAAAUAUCAAAUGAUGCAAUAUCUUCGAAACAAUAUGGAGUUCUAAUACCUAUAAGUUCUGAAUUAUAUGGAAUACUCAAGAUAGAUUCAAAACCAAAAGAGUCAGAAGCUGUUGAACCAUAUUUUGACAUCUCAAAACCAAGUGAUCUAAUAUCAAAAUGUGCAUCUUUAAAAAUAACAGAUAAUACUCCUUUAAAAUUUUCAAUGGAUCCACCAAAUAAAGAAAUUGAUGAUCCGGAAUCAUUCAUUAAUUUGAAAUAUUACCACACGUUGUAUCUAUUGAAAACUCCAUUAAAUUAUUUUCCGAAAACUUGUUUAAUAAGGUUCAAAAACAUGACGAGCUCGAAAGAAGAUCAAAUAGACAUACUAAAAGAACUUAUAUUGACAAUUGAUGGAUUUGAUAAACGACAUGAAGGAAUACUAAAGAAAACUGACUCAAUUAAUGAGUACGAAUCUGAACAAAUUGAUUUAUUUAUGCAAAAAUAUGACAUAAAGCUUAAGGAUGGAAUACUAGAGAUUCCUAAUCCACAACUAUUAACUGAUCUAAAGAUACGAGAGGGCCAGUUACAAAUUAUACUCAUAUUGGAAUAUUUAUCAUUAAUGAACAAAAAUGAAAAUGAAUUUCUACUGGAAAACAGAACCAAAUAUGAAAAGCAUUUGAAAAAACUAGAAAAACAACAGUUUAAGCACCUAAUUAAAAAAAAGGAUAAGAAGAAAGACAAGGAGAAAAUUGUACCUACUUUUCUUGGGACUGGUAGUUUUCAAAUUGAUAUUAAACCUCCAUCAGACUUCAAUUUUGCUCUAUAUAUGUUUAUGAAUAAUUUAAUUGAUAGAUUAAGUUUAUGGGAUACAUUAUCAAAAAGAAAUCAUACUUACGAAUACAUGGGGUAUGUCCUAGUUCCAUAUUACAAUAAGAGACUACCAGUUUUGACUAAGUACUUAGUUGAUUCAAUGAAAGAUUCAAAUAUGAAAUUAACUACGAGUAAAAGAAAGAAAGAUCAUGAAGAAGAAGAUGCUGAAACUACUACUGAUUCUAAAAGUUCGAAUGGUAAGUAUAAAAAAAUGUUACUUAAUAAACCACCACCAGUUUUGAAAAAAUCAACUAGUUUAAGUGAAGAAUAUCAAUCUAAAAUACCAAGUUUAAAAAAAUCAAAAUCGAACCUCAGUUCCAAAAACUUAUCAAAGAGACAAAUAGAUUUAAAUCUUAAAGAAUCAUCUAAGAAAGAAGUCGAAGUUUCAUUUGUCGAUUCACAAAAUAUAUUCACACAAGCUAAAAGAUCAAAAUCAAUGAAAAAUAUACUAUCCACUCCAAGUAAACCCAAAUCAUAUUCACAAAUUGAAUCAACUCCACAAAAAUCAAAACCAAUGAUUAAAUCAAAAUCAUUUUCACAAAUUGAAGCAACUCCACAACAUGAUCGAUUCAUAAAACCAAGUAGUUCUAAUAAAAAAAUUGAAAUUGAAGCUACUCCAGUCAAACGAAACACAGCGAUAAUAAACUCAACUCCGAAUCAACUAAUCAAUUCAUCACCUACUAAAAAACCCAAACCUGGUGACCCAAUUCAAUCAUCCCCAUUUUAUUCAAUUUUAACUGAUGACGAUAACGAUAAUGAUUACGAUUCAGAUGAAAUAAAACCACGAAAAUUAGAAAUAAAAUAG